AUGUCUUUAGAUAUUUAAAGUGAUUAUUUGGAUUAUGCUUCAGUUUUAGAUGAUAAAUACUAUAUUAUUGAUACACUUGGUGUUGGCAGAUAUGCAAAGUAAUUUUAGAAUGUUGAUUAUUAUAGAGUAAAGUUAGCCAUCGAUAUAUAAGAUAAGUAAAAGUACGCUAUAAAAAUAAUGAAGAUAGAUCCAACUACAAAUCAAAACAAACUAUCAUAAUUUAUAAAUGAAGUAUCUCAUUAAGCUGAGUUUGAACAUAAUAAUAUAAUAAAGAUUAUUUAAGUAUUUGAGAUCUUAAAUAAUAGUGCAGCAUAAAUGGAAAGUACAGGAAAGUGGAUGGUAGAUUAUGUUAAGUUUCUUAUUUUGUGAUGGAAUUGGCAGAUCAAGGGGAAUUAUUUGAAUUACUUGAAUAAACUCAUUAAUUCUCUGAGAAAUUUUCAAGGGGAAUAUUUUCUUAAUUGAUUAAGGGUAGUUUAUUCAACUUAACUUAGCAUAGGCAUUGAAUAUUUACAUGAAAGAGGAAUAGUUCAUAGAGAUAUCAAAUCAGAAAACAUUUUAUUUAGCAAUGGUAUCUUAAAGCUAGCUGAUUUUGGAUUCAGUGCCAAAUCUGUUGAUUAAACUGGUGCCAAAGUCUAAUUUGAGGUUCAAUAAUAUUUAGGAUCUCCAGAGUAUAAUCCACCAGAACUUUCAAAUACAAGUAAAAGUAUUAUUAUAAACUCUAAGUUGGUAAAUAAAAAUAUUAUAUACCUGAAUCUGCUGAUGUAUUUGCAUCUGGAGUUAUUCUAUUUAGUAUGGCUAUGAGAUCUGCUCCAUUUAAAACAUCUAAAAAUACAGAUCCUUAUUAUUCUUUAUUAAAAUAGGAUAAAUAAAAGUUUUGGUAAGUGUUUUAAGAAUUGAAUAAUAAUAUAUCUCAUUAAUUCAAAGAUUUAAUUGAGAAAAUUUUGGAAGAAAAUCCAUAAAAAAGAAUAUCAUUAGAAUAAAUUAAAAAGCAUCCAUGGAUGUAAGGUUAGAUUUCUAAUUUGACUGAUUUUAAAACAGAAAUUAACAACAGAUAUGAGAUAGUUUAAAAUAAAAUGAAGGCAAAAAUAACUUUUAGAAGACAAUAGAAAUUUACUAAUAGAAGAUAUUAAAAGAGAAUUGAAAUGUCUAUUCCUAAUCUUAUACCACCAAAAUAUCUAUAAGAAAGUUUAGUUGUUAUUGAUGAUGUAAAUAAAUAAAUAUUUUAAAGAUAAAUGAUAAAUUGUAUAAGAGAUUAUUACUAUAAGCAUAUUAAGAUUAAAUGAGCUAAAAAGCUUAGCCAACAACAGAUUUUAAAAUAAUUGAAAUAUAAUAGAAAACUAAAUCUAAAAGAGAAUUAGAAGGAUCUAAAAAGUCUAGCCCUGCUACUCCUCCUAAUGAUUCUGAUAAUUGA